CAUUCGAUCAGUCCGAUCGGUGCCAUCAAAGCUCUAGUCUCGCCAAGCGCGUCCUCGCGCUGCUCCGAUUUCGGCGUCCGCAUUUUUGUUUACAAAAUACCCGCAAAGUUUCGACCGUGUCCGACAACUUAAUCUCCAGCUAUCACUAAUUUUUCAGGCUUAUUAGUUGUUCAGUGUCGUCGCAAACCCAUCGGUUCCGUGUUUAUUCCGGUCGCUGCGAAGAGAUUCGACCGAUUUUCAGGAUUCAGUUUGUAACGUCACGCGUUAACGAGUGCUUGUAACGCUGUGUUGGAGGGAGUUCAGAAUUUUGAUUUCAGAAAUGUCAGAUGUAGAAAGUGUUCAAAAUUGAAAAGUCUUUCGAUAAUGGCUUGAAUUGGCGACUUUCAGACCAACGAGUGCUUUGAUUAACAUGCGGUGCAGUGCUGGAAAAAGUAAAAUAAUUUGAGUGUUCAGGAUUUUCUACGCUUGAGCAAAUUUUAUCUGGGCACCGCGAUUUUAGGUGAAAAAGACAUCGUAGCAGUUAAUUUCACCGUUCGAUGGAUACCUGAAGUUUAAUCUCGGAAUUGAGCUUAAAGCAAUUUGGAUUGCCCUCAUGAUGACUUCGAAUACUUCAAGAGCUACUGAUAAGUCGGAAAAGAAGCCGAAGUGUCCAUCAGAGCAUUUUGGCGAGGAGGAAGACAAGCGGGAAUGUAUUUCACCCAAUAUUUGGAAUUUAUUUGUGAUAUGUGCUGCGGCACUUGCCCUACAACCUAGUCUAGUCAGCGGUGCUUCACUGGAAGAAACCGCGAAAAUGGAUUCGGCUGAAGUUCUAAAAUAUUACGGCUAUCCCGCAGAAACUCAUCGUGUACAGACCAUAGAUGGCUAUAUUUUGACUUUGCAUAGGAUACCCAACAAGAAGAGCAAGAGGCCGCCAGUCUUGAUUAUGCACGGUAUUUUAGAUAGUUCCUUCACUUGGCUUUUGACUGGACCCCAGACUGCUCUGGGAUUCAAGCUCUUUGAUAGUGGCUACGAUGUUUGGCUUGGUAAUUUCAGGGGAAAUGUUUAUUCCCAAUCACACAAUUGGUUGAGCACAGAUCAAGAUGAAUAUUGGGAUUUCAGCUGGGAUGAGAUGGGAAAACGAGAUUUACCGGCCAUGGUGGACUAUGUGUUACACCGAACAGGGCGACCGAAACUAUUUCACAUUGGUCAUUCGAUGGGUACCACCACUUUUUUCGUUCUUACUUCAUCAAUGCCCAGUUACAACAAAAAAUUUGUCGCCCACUUCUCGCUGUCACCUGUUGGAUACUGGGGUAACUCGGCCAGUUUCUUUUGGAAAAUUCUGGCGCCUGUUGAGAUGGCUUUAUCCGAGUUUAUGCACAAGACGAACCACGGAGGUUUUUUGGUGGAUCAGGACGCGGAGUCCAUCCGUGAUUUCUGCACAAUGAAUCCUAGCACGGAAAGACUCUGUAAAUUAUUUCUUCAUUGUUCCUUUGGAUUUAGCAACGUUUUGAGAAACGAGACUAUUUAUAAUGUUGUAGCAGCACAUAUUCCUGCCGGCACUUCUGUGAAAGCUUUCAACCACUAUACUCAGCUUAUGAAAUCAGGGAGAUUUUGCAAUUAUGAUUCGCAUGACAUGAAAAGGAAUUAUCUGCGAUACGGAACGGCACGACCACCUGAGUACAACGUUUCAGCGAUCACAGUUCCAGUGCAAUUUUAUUAUGCUGCCAAUGAUGCUGUCUCAGUUCCUUUGGAUGUGAUAAAGUUAUAUACACAGUUGCGGAAUCCUAUAGGACUUCACCUCGUUCAAGACACAUUAUUUAAUCACAUCGACUUUACAAUCGAUCCCAAAGCUUAUAAAUUAAUUUAUAGAAAAAUGAUUAAGAUGAUGAAUUCUUUGAGCUUAUAAAAGAAAAAAAUAAACCAAA